AAAAAAUUUUUUCCGGUUAAAUCCUUCUCGUUCUCGUCACAGCAAAGUUAUCCUUUGAAAAAGGAUGGCGAUCAGUGUGUGCGGUUUGUCGGGCGUGUCCGUGACGCGCGUGCAGGUGGAGGACGCCAUGCGCAAGAUGCCGAAGACGCCCUCCCUGCCCGCGAAGGAGUACUACCCGGACGUGGACAGCUCCGCGUACACGGGGGGCAUGAGCCCGAACCGCGGCAUCGACGCGCAGCGCCAGCCGCCGCUGCACUGGAGCGUGGACGAGUUGGUGCACCAGAAGCCCACCACCGUCGAGGUGCUGGACGACAACGACCCGAACCCGCCGCCGCCGCGGCUCCGGUCCUUCCCGUCCAGCAAGCGGAGCAUCAUGGCCACCCGGUUCUGCCUGGACGGGUCCGAGAACUUCGAGAACCCGCUGGCCCGCAACACGCUGGACUCCAUGCGGGACCAGGAGCACCUGAAGCACCAGCUGCAGAAGAUGUGCACGGAGAGCUCCAAGCUAGCGGAGGCGGAGCGGAUCGGGCUGGGCCACGACAUGUCGGGCCCCAUGCCCCCGGUGCAGGUGGCGGCCGUGUGUCCGCUGCACCAGGUGGGCCGCGACCUGGCCAAGGACCCCCCGCAGACCCACGCGGUCUACCUCCCGCAGUUCGGCGUGGACUUCCCGAAAAUGCGGUCGGUGCGCACCUCCCCGAAACUCUGCGUGACGUUCUACCACCAGCUGUCCACCGACGAGAUCACGCAGCGGAAGUGGCACUUCCUGGACCACGGCAUGUCGCAGCUGGCCUCCAUGCGGAGCCAGCUGGAGGCCGUGGGCACCAACAACCCUUUGUCGAUCGCGAACAACGCGUGGCGGGGCCCCCAGAUCACCGACCUGGGAAGCGGCGGCGCGGGGGCGCACCAACGGGCGAACCGCCGUGACGCGGACGUCGGCCCGGCGCUGAUGCGGGCCAAGGGCAAGAAGCUGCUGCCGACGCUGGCGACCGCGGCGCAGAUGGUGGGAAAAUUACAGAAGGGCAGCCCGACGGGGAAGCUGACGGAACGGAACGUGAAGCAGCUGAAGCAGGUGAAGCUGAACCCCACGCUCCUGCAGGCCACCGACGAGCAGAGCGCGAAGAAGGCCGCGGCGCAGGCACUGGGGCUGGGGCCGACACCAGGAGGAAGCACAACGACAACCAAAAAGCAGGGGUCGCAGCCGCGGAAGGAGGAGAAGCCCCUGCAGCCGGAGGACUUGAUUUCCAACGUGGAGAUUGCGAAGAAGUUUUUCGGCCUGGGCAGAGAGGAGGAGCUGGAGAACGUCAAGCAGAAGAUGCGGGAGCAAUUCACGGGGGCGUCGAAGAUCGAGAACCAGGUGAAGCAGAUGGAGCAGCUGCAGAACCAGAAUUGGUGGGAGGAGGACGCCAAUUUGGUGCGGAAGGACAAGGACAUCUUUCCGCUUUUGAAAACCGUCGCGGAGUUCUUCCUCGGCCCCGGGCUCACGCUGCCGGGCAUGACGAAGGAGCUGGAGCCCACGGUCGCGAAGCUGGCGGGCGCGCUCUGCAAGGACGCGCUGCAGCCCGAAUUCGACGUGGGGAUCACGCUGAAACAGGUGCAAAAGCUCCGACAGCUGGCGGACUCGAUGCGGCUGCUGGCGAAGAAAAACAACAACCUGGACAUGCUCAUCGUGGCGCUCAUUUGCAAGGUCUGCUGCACCCGCUUGCUCAAGAAGCGCACCGGGAUUGUCUUCAGCAACGUGCUCAAGCUGAUACAGCGAAUCGCGAUGGAGAUCGGGGAUCCGAGAAACCAUAACCAAAACGGUAUAUAUAAAAGCAUGGUCCACGCUGUGCAUAUUGAGUAUCUACUAACUUUCGACUACUCCGUGUCCUUUGUUUCGCUGCGUGCCCUUUUCUGUUUUCCACCGAUGUUGGUUGCUUCGCUCUAGUUCUAUCUUCGACUUUUUUGAUUCUGAUUACUUAGUAGAAAAGUGAAAAAAUCGACGUCCGAUGUCGCACUGCCCCACAAUGACCAUAUUAUUCACUGUCAAACGCACUGUGAUUUUUAUCUCCCAACAGGCAAGCCCGGCGUGGUAGUUAGCCCGCAUUUGAUUGGGCUUUUCUCGCAACUGGCGGCGGAGGUGCGGAAGCAAAAUACGGGAGCCGUGAUUCCCGCAGACCAGAUCCUGGCCCCGGACAGCAUGCAGAGUAUCCAGGUUCUAGCUAAGGAGAUCGCAAAUAAGGUCGACGAAAUCAACGGCCCAGAGAUUUAUCGAAAGGUACGCAAUAAACAGAUUUUUUUCUGUAAGAAAUUAGCAGACAGAAAAAAGCUAUAGAUUCGCACCGCUUGUUGAAGUUCUGUGCAUGGGGUGAGGAACGGCGAAAAAGUUCACUGUUUCUUUCCAUCAUCAUGCCAUCGUUACUCGUUACUACAACAGGCCUGGAAGGCGAAGAUCGACAAAGUGUUCGACACGAUGGACCGGGACGGCAGCGGGUUCGUAAACCGGCAGGAACUGGAGAAGAUGUACAAGCUAUCCUUUGUAAAAAUCGACACCCAUGUGGCCCCCCUAAAAUCAAGACGUGAUCUCAUUUGAAGUGCGCAAAUCAAGUAGCUGUGCGGGACUUUAUUUCGCAUGUUCACAAGAUCAAUAGGCGCGGACUAGCUUCGUGGUGAUAGAUUAGCGAAGCAUGAUUCAACAUCCUCCAUUAAAAGGCAGGACUCUGCAUUGUCAGGAUUUCAGAAUUGCAUGCAAAUCUAGUUCAAAAGACCAUAUGCAAUCAAAAUGUUUCUUUUCACUGCGAAGCGCAACAAUAGAGACACAACUAAGCUUUCUGCGAGUUGUGCGGCUGUGCAGGAUGAAUAUGGGUACUAGGUCCCGGGUCGUACGUUUUUACACUGGAUACAAGCCGCACGUAGCCAACCAAACAAAGAAAUUUUUGAUUGAAGAGCUGCUCGACCGGUUUGACGCAGACGGCGACAACAAGGUCAGUUACGCGGAGUGGGUUUGCUGCUUAUCGGAAGCCGAGCGCUCGGGACGGUACUCCGUAGAAGAGCUGUCCAUGGAGCUCUCUUUUUUUCUGAAGGGCGGAGGCGCCAGCAGGCUUGAAAGUCUGGAGUUUGAAAAGGCUUAAAAGAGUGGAGCAGAUUCGUUUCUGUCCUCUUCCAGCAGGGGAGAGCAAGCGCCGCCCCACAUCAUUGAUGAAGAAAUUGUUUUUGUUUAAAACCUGUUUCUCUUCCUACCAAAGACAAAAAGCUAUUCCCACUGCGUCCCUAUGAUCCACAUGGAGCUGUCUUGCAUAGCCUGCAAAAGUGACAAAGAGGGGAGGCGUCAGUUUUCUACUAACAGCUAAGAUUUUGAGUAGCCCUCAACAGCCUCGGCCUAUUUUUAGAUAGAAUUUGACUUCAUGUUACAUAUCGUAAGCAUACACGUCUUUCACGCGUAUUUGUAGUUUUUCAUUUCUGUUUUUACUUUUCGUACACUAUAGCAGACUCACGUCAUCAUGUGCAAUAUCCUUGCACUGAUGCAUGUAUGGUCUACGCUUUGUCGACGUUCUCCUGCGGAAAUAGCCUUUCUAGCAGGAAUGAGUCAACACACUCAGUCUUUACCAAGGACGUGUCAUGUCACUGGCAUGAAGCGGGGACAGCGACAACCUGCAGCAGACAGAACCCUCAGAAAGAACUAGACCUGGUCCGCCAGGCAAAGUCUUGUUGAUAUACAGCCUCGAAGUUCGCAGUUCCAAAACGAAAAUUUUUUCUGAUGACACACGCGUGACACAAGAAACCGCCAAAAUACGGGUUCAUUGCUCCGGAUGAAAUUGUUCGCUACAUGUCGAUAAUUAAAAGAGGAACUCGAAUUUUG